AUGACUGCCGAGGAAAAGGCUGCUGCUGCUGCUGCUGCUGCUUCUGCCAGUCGCAAUCAACAACAACUACAGCAUGCACCUACAUCUGCCAAUGCCGUCGCCAUGCCUGUGCAAUCAAACCCUGGAGCUGUAGCAGCAGGGUCCGGAACUGCUAUGCCGUAUCAUCCCCGGUCUGAGGCGUCACUUAUCAAGCGAUACCGUGUCGAGAUAGCUGCCAGCACCUCGAGCGUCUUCUCCACCCUCGCCGCAUUCCCCCUCGACAGCAUCAAGACGCGCAUGCAGACAUACCAGUACAAGGGCUUCAUCGACUGCGUGCGCCACACACACCGCACCGAGAAACUCGGUGGCUUCUUCAGAGGUGUGACGGCCCCAAUGGCCAGUGUCGCCCUCGUGCGAACCGUGUCGUUUUCUAUAUACCAGCGUGCCAAGUACGCCUACGCCGGGUGGAUAAACAAGAACACGGGCUACGACGUCAUUCGACACGUCAACCAGCAGGGAACAUACCCCAACAUGUACUCGUUAGCCUGCUUCGGUGCGGCCGGUGCAACAGCCGGAUCUGCCAUCACCUUCCUGGCCUGCCCGUUUGAGCUCACAAAGCUGAGCGCGCAGGUGUCGGAGCUCCUGACGCAGCGAUCGGGCACCGACGAGCGCAGUCGCGCCGUGGCAUCCAGCUACCAGAACAAGGGGACCCUCAGGACGAUGAGAAACAUUGUCAAGCACCGCGGAGCUGCUGGCCUCUACACAGGCUUCCGCUUCCACCUAAUGCGCGAGACAUUGGGCACGUCCAUCUACUUCAUGGUCUACGAGAGCAGCAAGCAGCUCAUCACCACAUUCGGCGGCGACAGCCCCAACACGAACAAGUUUGCCGUCGUCACCGCCGGCGGCCUAUGCGGACUUGUAUCAUGGGCCAUAAUCUACCCCAUCGACUCGGCCAAGAGCAUCUAUCAGCGCAACGCCCUCCUCUACUCCAAGGGCGAGACGGUCCCCUCCCCCAAGAUUGAGUUCUUCAAAGGUCGCAUGUACCGCGGUCUGGGGGUAUCCAUGGGCCGAUCAUGUCUCGUCAACGCCAUCUUCUUCUCUUCAUUCGAGUUUAUAAAGAAGCAUAUCAAAUCCAUGGAAGAUGCACCACCUUCUUACUAG